CCAUCUCUCGAGGACUUUAUCCUUGUCAGAGAUCAGUGUUGACCCAUCAGCACUGAGAAGUGGAGACAGUGAGCCUGUGGUGGUAGGACCAUAGAUUUCUUUCAAGCUGUUGUAGAAGUUCAUGUCGUUACUGUCAGCAAAGCCCUGGAUCUCGUCAGCUUUCUUAUUUAGCCAGGAGUCCUGCAUCUGAGGCAGCUUCGCCUGUACGGUGCUCCGCACAUUUCGUAUGUCAUGCUUUGAUGUUGACGUCGGAUCGUCGAGAUGGGCUUUAUAUGCACGGCGCUUUUCCUCUAGUAGCUGCUCAAUCUCCAUGCAGUUCUCAUCAAACCAGUCUUUGUGCUUUCUGGUAGUUGGUCCAAGGCAUUCCAGGGCCGUGUUGUAAACCAUCUCGCGGAGUGCAGUCCACACUAUCUCAAUAUCAUGGCCAUCCAGUACAGUGGAGUCUAAGCGUACUAAAUUAGAAAAUAAACCUCAAAUAAUAUAGGUAAUAAUAAUAUAUAAAAAUCAAAACAAAUCUGACAUUGAUGUCUGGGAUGAACACUGACUGUGUCAGAUUUUUGAUGGAAAUGUUCCAGACUAGAUCAAAGCCAAAGUCUAGACAUGUUUGAUAUUUAAUGUGAGAGCUCAAGCUCAACGUCUCAAAUUCAAAAAGAAAAACUGAGUAAAUUAGCCUCAGUAGCCUAAAUGAAAGAAGGACCAUAGCCUUAGGCAGAAAUGGCAGUGAAUGAUGCAAAUAAAGAGUGAGAUGUUAUUGUUCUAGUUUGGUCAGUAGUUAUUUUCGUUUACCUAAGGUUAAGCACAAUUAACAAUGUAGAUCAUCUACAUGUCAUACCCAAUUGACAAAAUGGGCAUGAUUGUUUUAACUACAUGAUUUUAGUUUAAAUUGUGUGCAAGUACAGUAUAUUGAUAAGUACUCUUAAAUCAGGGUUGGUCAUAUUUCCCGGUCAGCGGCUUAUUUCCCAGACAGCGUCUGAUGAUUUCCUGUACAAAGAAAAACUGAAAUAAUCUCAGUAAAAAUAGUUAUGGUAGUAAAAGAGCCGUUCAGAAAAUUAUCAUAGACUGAACUGGAAAAGGAAAAAAAAAUUAAAAAACCAAUAACAAUGGAGGGGAGCGCUAUAAAGAUAUGUAAGGAAUGUGGGUAAAGUUGAGAAAAUAAGAGGAGGUAAUGAAAGGGGAACAAAAGUCAGGAGAUACUUUUCUUGGGGCAAAUUUAACGCACAAACCAAAUACACAUGAUGUGAGUGGUAAGAUGGCGGUCAGAUGGCUUCACUCAUCUCUACAGUGGGGAUUGGGCUGCGAGUUUUCCAGAUUUUUACAUAGAGCUCAGUGCUCAUGUACAACUCGAUUGCGUGGAAUAACUGUUAAAUAUUCUGUGUGGGUCAUUUUCACUGACGUCACUGCUACCUACGUAAUUACCCACAGUGCACUGCGACUGUAACUUUGGAUUCCUUGGCUGAAUCCAUAAUGCACUGGUACUGUUGUGCAGAUGGGCCUUCUUACCUGAAGUUAAAAAUAUUUCAUUUUAUCAAAUUGUAAAUUAAGGAAAUUAAAACACAACAUGAACUGCUCAUAAAAACGUCCUUCAUUUAACUCAUUCACCCCAAGUGUCUGUUUAUUUGCACUUAACAGUGAUGAGAUCUCUCCUGGAAGAUCUCCUGCUGUUUCUCAAUAUUGUUGAGAAUUUAAAAUUUUUUUUAGUUAAAAUUUUCGCAUGAACUUGUACAUCUCGUAUCAAAGUUUGAUUGAUCCACUGUGGAGUUGUGAAUGAGUUACAUGUUUUACUUUAAUAAGCCUUAAGCUAGGUGGAGUAAUGUAAUCAAAGGACAUUAGUUCAGAAUUCACCACAUAAAAUGUCAAUACAAAACUUAUGAAAGUAAAAAUGGAAUAUUGAAGGAGCAAAAUGUUUUGAACAAUCAAUCAUUUGAUCCCACUUCUCUUCGCACUGUUAUCUUUAUAACUCCAUCCUUAUUAAUGGGAACCUUCCAUAAUCAAUGCCUUUCUUCAGAUAAUAUCUGAACUUCAGGGCCCUGAUGCAUAUUAACUUUCAGAACCUUGAAGAAGCUUGUUUUCUCCACGUGGGCAAUUUAUACCAUGAUGCGGCAGUCUUCACACAGAUAUGGCGUCUGUAUAGGGGAUCAAAAUGGCAGACAACAACGCUAAGAAGACACCCAACCUUGUGUUCCUUGACUGUUGUACUCCAUUCAUCAUAAUACAAAUAGCUGGAAUGAGCACAUCAGUGUUUUGCAGAUUAUUGUCAACAUGUUCCUUCCUCAUCUCCCUCCAUCAGAACUUGAGGAAGAAUGUUUCUCUAAAAUCUUACCCAAGGUGGUGGUGAUGUUUACUGGCCUUUUGGAAGAGAUUGCCAAGCACAUUGGAGACCUGUCUAGCCAGAACACUGAGCUGCAUACGUUCCUCAGAAACAUUUUGCAGAUGAUGGUGCAGACAUUGGAGACUCUGUCUGCUUGUGUGCGUCACGUGUGCGCUCUUGACGAGGCUACCUCCCUGGAGUCCAUCCGCUCUCUGCCUUCUUGUAUCCUCCACAUCUUAAAGGACACUUUCCAGCACUGCAAGGAUAGUGAGAUUGUAUACAGCGGGAGACUGUCACUCGUGGGGGAUCUGCUACAGGGCCUGUUCAGAGAAGCGUACUCCCUCCAGAAGUGCCUGAUGGAGCUGCUGGACAAGAUCAGCCUGGAAAACAGUGCCUCUGAAGAGGAAAUAUCUGAUAUAGUCACAGUGAUUCACAGUUUGCUGGACAUAUGCUCAGUUAUAUCCAAUCUGGAUAUUGCCCUGCAUGCUAACACAUGGAAAUUCAUCAUCAAGCAAAGUGUGAAAUACCAGUCUCUGGUGGAGGAGCACUUGCGGCACAGUGACCUCGUUACUUUUUUGUGUGAGGACCUGCUGGCCUCUUUGCAGAACUCUCUGGAGAUGGCAGAGCAGAUGCAGCAGUCAGAUCUGAAGGAAAUAUUGCAAUGCCCUGAAUACAAGGUUUUCCAGAAAACCACAAAGAUGUGCAGGUUUUUUACCAACACAUUGGUCCAUUACAUAAAGGAAUUUAAUCCAUUUCUUUCAAAGUUCUGUAGUCGUUUUCACCAGCUGUACCUUCAAAUCCUCAGUAAAUUUCCUCCUUGUACCUCAGCCCCAUCUGUGCCGGUUGUCCUGGUUGAAGAGCUGAGUAGUGGUGUUUUAGUUCCAAUGGAUGCCAUGCUGACGCAGCUUUUACCCAUGAGGCCUUUUGUUGAGUGUGUUCUGACCCCUGCCCAGAAAUACAGUCCGGAGCUUGCUCUGCCCCAGUGUCUUCUGCUGGUGAAUGUGUUUGGGAAGCUCUGCACCCAGACAGAUGAGACGCUUUGUCUCUGGUAUGAUGGUAGUCAGUUCUCAGAGGAAACACACAGGUUGUCCAUAUUUGAAGCAGUUUUUCUGAGUUUCCGUCACUGCAUGGUAGAACGGACUGUCCCUGUACAGUUGCCUGGGGUGAUGUUUCAUGGCCAGGCUCAGGGCACAGUGAGCCUGCACCAGCAUGUGUGUGUACAUCUGUGUGGCUGUGUGGCAGCACUGCCCGCUCAACACUUCCCGAGGCUGGAGCGGUCAUUGUUGGGUGCUGUGCUCCAGUCAGACACCCAGACAGCCGUAUUAGCCACUGACGUCUGGUGCUUCCUGGCACGAUACGGCACAGCUGAGUUAUGUUUGCACCACGUUCUCUUCACAGCUCACUUGAUAAAGUCGUGCUCAAGUGCAAGCUAUCAGCUGACUCAUUUGGGUUUGCUGCUAAGACGUCUGCUCUUUCUUAUGACCCCAAACCACCAGUUGGAGUUUGUUGAAUGCUUCUUGCCAUCUAAGGAUGAGAACUUCUGUCUGUGGAGUCCAGUUUUGCUCAGUAGUCUGUGCUCGGAUGUGCGUGCUCGUGUGGAAGUGGAGGUACUGAGCGGAGUCCAAGCUGCUCUUGAUACUUGGCAUGGUGCAGGCUACCGGCUGGGGAACAUACAUACACUGAACAAGGCACUGAGCUGUUUAUUGGUGGUGGUCCGAGCAGAGCCCCUGCAGACCGAGUGUAUGACUUCUUCACUAACCAUUAUUCAUCAGCUGUGGAAUCGCAUGGAUGCUGCCCAGGUUCAGAUCCACCCCUCUCUUCAGUGUACCUUGAGGCUGCUUCUGUCCAUUUCAGGGAAGUUGAUUAAAAGUAUAGAACCACAGGCCAUAGUUCAGGGAUUUUCCUGUCUCAUUGGCCUGAAUCUGCAGAAGUGUCAGGAUGACUUGGUACUGGCUAUUUUGGAGUAUUUGGCCUCCAUGGGGAAAGUAUUUGUUCCUGCUGAUAUUCAGUUUCAGGUGCUGCCCAGACUCAGUUGUCUGUUCAGCACUUUACUGAUUCACGAGUCUUGGCUGCUCCAUCAGCACACACUGGAAGCCUUUGCCACUUUUGCUGAGGCCACUAAUCAUGAAGAGUUCAUCUCUCAAAGUCUGACCACAGAGGAGACAAAGAACAAAGUGGUGAACUUCCUCAGUAAAAUCAUCACAGACCAGCAGGCUGCAGGAGUCCAUAUGGAGCAGCUGAGGGCUGAGGCAGUUGUAAUAGAAAGACACAACAACAGACUAGAAAGACGGGAAAAGACGUCUGCACAAACAUCUGUUGCUGAGCCAUGUGCCAAGCGGCCACGCCAAGAGACCUGUAAACAAGAAGAGUAUGAGCGCUACCUCCAGGCAGCAGAAAGUGCUCUGAGGGCACUGCAGGGUAUUGGGGGUACAGCUUCAUCUCUGCCACAGUGGGUAACAUCAAGACUACAGGCCUUACAAGCACUGAUCACACAAAUCAAUAGUAAUAGUCCUCAUCCACUCUAAUAAGGAAACAAUGAAGCACAGCAUCGUGUCCUGUUUCUCAUAGUCCUGGCUGUUUCAGUUGAGUUUCAGUUGCAAUUAAAUAAUGUAAUUUGGGAAAUAGCAUUUUUUUAAUUUUUUAUAUGAAAAUCUCUUGAUACUACUUGUACAUUAAAUGUAUACUUCAUGUAA